UUUUGAGAACAGCACAAACAUACACACGUGUAUCCAGUAAUGACGACCUAUGACCAAUUUUCAUUCGACAUGUGUACAAAACAAAACAAACGAACAAAUCAUGCUAAAGAAGAAAUCAUUAUACCUUGGUGGAAACCAUCCUGUAGUCAAGAAAAACCGCCUUAUACCUAUGCCACCUUGAUUGCUCAUGCUCUUUUAUCAAGUGAACAUGGAUGUUUGACUUUAAAUGAAGUUUAUCAUUGGAUUUCUAAACAUUAUCCAUAUUAUGUGAUUGGUUGUGGUGGAUGGCAGAAUUCUAUCCGACAUAACUUGUCUCUCAAGAAAAAAACAUUUAGCAAAACAAAACGACCUACUCAAGAUAAGAAUCAACGAAAAAAAGGAUGCUAUUGGAAAUUAUUGAAGGAAGCUGAAUCUGAUUUUAUUCAUGCUUUAACCAAAAUGGGUGGACAAGCUACUAGACGUAAUGAAUGGUCUACUCAAGAAAACGAAACAAACAAAAACUCUUCUUCAUCCUAUUUCUCUCUCAAACGAACUACUACAUUGAUGCCAUCUACCAUGUUUAUUACCCGACCUGAAGAUUAUCAACAUGAAAACGAUAAGAAAAAGAAGAAGGCAAUGGAUGGACACACAUCUAUCAAGGAAAAUACAGCCACAACGACAGCAUCAUCGCUAUUGGAUAACGCAACCAAUCACAGAAAAAGAAAACGAUUGGAGUCUAAUAGACAAGAUAACCACCACUAUCAGCAACAGUAUCAAUAUAAGCAACAAAGACGAGGCUCCUCCAUUGAACCAGAGGAUACGUUUUAUGAUUCAGGAGUAGAUGUGGAUUAUCAUUACAAACGACCGAAACAGUUAGAUACAACGAUGACAACAACGGGUGCACCAGUGGCGCCUAUUUUCUUGGACCCUCUACCUCCAUCCACCUAUUCAUCUUCUUUUCUAUCACAUGAACAGUUAUUCUGGCAAGAUUCUUUAUCGGGAGAACAAGCAAGAUUAGAAGCGACGUGCUUUCCUAUGGAUACAUCUCAUUCAUCUUUAUCAUAUGAUGGACAAACCAAGUCUACCUGUCUCACAAGGUUGAACGAUGAUCAACAUUCUUAUUUUGAACAACAACACGAUAUUUUUGACCAGUUUUUAUGUUUUGAUAGUAUUUGA